AUGGCUGAACCCCGGGUUGAAAUUGAGGUCGGAGGCAGCAAAGAUGUCGAAAUGACAGGCGCAAGCGAGACGCCGGCUCCCCAGUCUCAGCCUGCCGAUGAUGCGGAACCCGCAGCUGACCCGGCGCCGACGGAAGAAAACGAUGCGACAGCGAAAUCGCCAGAGAACAGCAAAGAGAACCAAUUCUUAGACUACCUGAAAUCCCCGAUCGUGGAGUUAGUCGUUGGCAAAGGAGAGGAGCAGACAGUCUUAACGGCGCAUCAAGCGAUUUUGACGUUAAGCCCAUAUUUUGCUGAAGAAGUAUCAAAAUUCCCCGAAGAUGGACCGCGUCGCAUUUUCCUUGAAGACGAAUCCAUAGACACUGUCGGAUGUUUUCUUCAGUAUCAGUACACAGGUGAAUACUUUCCGAAACGUCUCGCAGCUCCCUCAGAAGGCCUCGAAACAGAUCCAGCGAUACCAGAGGUCGAUGAGACCGGCCAACAGCUCCUCAAGCACGCCCGUGUAUACACCUUGGCCGAGAAGCUCGGUAUCAACAAGCUUAAAUCGCUUGCCCACGGGAAAAUCCAUCGCAUCCACAGCACCGCCAAGGGUGAAAUCGAGUACGCCAAAUAUGUCUACACUCACACCAAGGCGGACGAUACGAUCCGCAAACCGGUGGCCGCUUUCUGGGCCACACGGAGCCAUGUCUUGCGUCACGAGGCAGAGGCGGAUUUCAGGACCUUGUGUCUUCAGUACCCACAGUUCGGUUUCGAUGUGCUUAGCCUCGUAUUGGAUCAAAGGGAGAAGCGCGCUCAAGAUCGCGAAACAGCCAGCCCAGCUGUUAAAGGUAGCGCGAGAAAGAGAGCUAGGAUGCUCUGA